AUGCGGCGCAUUGCCAUCACGUACCAGCAACCUGCRGUCACCCUCGACCCCAUCGAGGGCGAGCAGGCUGCGGGGCGGCAGCUUCCGCGGUUGCGAGGCGCCGGGCGGCGGCGGCGGCGAGGCCGGGGCGCCCGCGCGGGGGACGCGCCUUGGCGGCGGCGGCGGCUCCGCCAGGGCAGGGUAGCGGCGGCGGCGCGAGAUGGAGCCCUGACCAGUGACUGGGGAGAGAGCUGCUGGCAUGGAAGCGAACUGGGUUUGCCCGUGGGAACUCUGAGUAAGGUUGCCAUCACGAAAGCCAAGGUGGAUUUCUCCGGGGUGGUGUGCCUGCCCCCUUCCGUCAUUGCUGGGAAUGGGCUGGACGGAGGAGGGGCUGGCGAAAAUGACGAUGAGCCGGUGCUGGUGUCGCUUUCGGCGGCCCCCAGCCCGCAGAGCGAAGCGGUUGCCAACGAGCUGCAGGAGCUCUCCUUGCAGCCCGAGCUGACCCUCAGCCUCCACCAUGGCCGAAACCCCAACCUCCCUCCGCUCAGUGAAAGGAAGAAUGUGCUGCAGUUGAAGCUCCAGCAGCGACGCACACGGGAGGAGCUGGUGAGCCAAGGGAUCAUGCCGCCUCUGAAAAGUCCAGCUGCAUUUCAUGAGCAAAGAAGGAGUUUGGAGCGGGCCAGGACAGAGGACUAUUUGAAACGGAAAAUCCGGUCCCGGCCAGAGAGAUCAGAGCUGGUUAGGAUGCACAUUCUGGAAGAGACCUCAGCUGAACCCUCCUUGCAGGCUAAGCAGCUGAAGCUCAAGAGAGCCAGGCUGGCUGAUGACCUCAAUGAGAAGAUAGCGCAGAGGCCAGGUCCCAUGGAGCUCGUGGAGAAGAACAUCUUGCCUGUGGAGUCAAGCUUGAAGGAAGCCAUUAUAGUGGGACAGGUGAACUACCCAAAGGUUGCAGACAACUCCUCUUUYGAUGAGGACAGCAGUGAUGCCCUCUCCCCAGAACAGCCGGCCAGCCAUGAGUCCCAGGGCUCCGUCCCGUCGCCAAUGGACUCCCGGAUUUGCGAGCCUCUCCCUGGCACCACGGGCCCGUCGCUAGCUCAGGGUACGUCCCAGUUGCAGCUCGGUGCAGACUCCAGUGAACCGCUUUUCCUGCCCGAGCAGCCCCCGCCGCCUCUGCCGCCGCCGCCCCUGCUGCUUCCUAACCUCACCAACGGAGCRGUUCUUCCUGCUGCCAAGCCCCCCCCAACACUCAUUAAGCAAAGCCAGCCCAAGUCUGCAAGCGAGAAGUCCCAGCGCAGUAAAAAAGCCAAGGAAUUAAAGCCGAAAGUCAAGAAGCUGAAAUAUCACCAGUAUAUCCCCCCGGACCAAAAGCAGGACAAAGGAGCUCCCCCCAUGGAUUCAUCCUAUGCCAAAAUACUGCAGCAGCAGCAGCUCUUUCUCCAGCUUCAGAUCCUCAAYCAGCAGCAGCAGCAGCACUACAACUAUCAGACCAUCCUGCCAGCCCCCCCAAAGCCCCUGGGCGAGCAGCAGAGCGGCGCCAGCGGCGCGGCCGCGCGCGGGCUCUCGGCCGCCGUCGGCAGCGCGUCCUCGGCAUCGCCCGCGUCCGGCGCGCUGCUGCGGCAGAGCGGCGCCGCGCCUGCGGGCAAGCCCGGCCCGCUCCCGGCCAACCUCGACGAGAUGAAGGUGGCCGAGCUGAAGCAAGAGCUGAAGCUGAGGGCCUUGCCUGUGUCGGGCACGAAGACGGACCUGAUCGAGCGUCUCCGAGCCUACCAAGAGCAGAACGGCGCGGGYGGCCCGGCAGCCCCCAAUCCCAAGCCCAGCACGGCAGCCAUUCUCCCCAAAGCUGCCGAGGUGGUGGUGGCCUUCCCGGCGGCCAGGCUGAGCACGGGGCCGGCCCUCGUCACCGCCGGCAUUGCCCCUGCGGAGGUGGUGGUGGCCACAGUCACGAGCGGUGGCGUCAUGAAGUUUGGCAGCACAGGCUCAACCCCGCCCGUUUCUCCCACCCCUUCCGAGCGCUCGCAGAUCAGCACAGGGGAUGAGAACUCGGCCACUGGAGACACCUUUGGGGAGAUGGUGACUUCGCCGCUGACCCAGCUCACCCUGCAGGCGUCUCCAGUGCAGUUCGUGGUGAAGGAGGAGAGCUCCAAGGCCGCCUCCUGCAGUGUGAGCGCGGCGCCCAGGUCGGAGCGGAGCAGCACCGGCAGCAGCAGAGACGCCGACGCUCGGGACAAAGACCAGAUGCUGCAGGAGAAGGACAAGCAGAUCGAGGAACUCACGCGCAUGCUGAAGCAGAAGCAGCAGCUCGUGGAGAUGCUGAGGCUCCAGCUGGAGCAGGAGAAGCGCUUGCAGCAGUCGCUAGCGGCCCUGGCCGCUGCGGCAGAAGGAGCAGCCCUGCCCUCCACCCCGGCAGCAUUCGGCGUCCGGGUCAAGAGCGAAAACAGUUUCCUAAGUUGCCAGUCUGCAAAGCAAUCCAAUGGCCAAACAGAGCAAUUCAGCCCUGCCCCAACUGCGAGCCAAAUGGACGCUUCGGAUCCGAGCCCGAGCGCAGUGCCAAAGAAAGCCGUGCUGGUGAAGCAGGAGGUGCCCGCCGCGGAAGCGGAGCCGCCGCGCCAGCCCCAGCCCCACAGCCCGCGGCUCUUCCUUGGCCAGCAAGGGAGCAGCACCCUGAGCGACCUCAUCAAGGGCACCCCUCCGCCCACCCUCAUCAGCGACUCCACAGGGACCCACAUCGUCCUCACCGUGACCAAGCAGGGCAGCGAGAGGCAGGGCCUCUCGCCCCACGGGAAGGCGCUCGGGGGCUGCCCAGCCUUGCAGAGAGUACAAUCGCGCCCGUCGCCCGCGAAGGCCUGCAGCCCCGCGCCGGGCGAGCCGCGCGCCGGCAGCCCGCCGCCGCCGCCGCCAGGACUGCCCCAGGCUGUGGGAAAGCCCUCGUCACAGCCCGGCUCUCCUGCUGCCCCUUCCCCAUCCCAGAUGGACCUGGAGCAACAGCAGCACCCGUCGCUUUUUGGAACUCCUCCACCUCCUCUCCCUGUGCCCCCGGUCCCGAAGAAAGAGCCACCAGGCUACGAAGAGGCAAUGAAGCAACAGCCAAAAGCCCAGGAGGAGAACGGCUGUUCCAGCCAGCAGAUGGACGACCUGUUUGACAUCCUCAUCGAAAGCGGGGAGAUUUCUGCUGACUUCAAGGAUCAGUCAUCGCCGGCUGGGAAAGAAGCCCCCGCGGCGCCGGCCGCCCCCUCGCCGCCCGGCAGCCUCCCUUCGRCAGAGCUGGCGGCGCCCGGCGCCCUGGCGCAGCCGGUGCUCGUGGGCCGCCUCGAGGACUUCCUGGAGAGCAGCACCGGCCUCCCGCUCUUGACCGCGGGCCACGACGGGCCGGAGCCCUUGUCCCUGAUCGACGACCUCCACAGCGAGAUGCUGAGCAGCUCGGCCAUCCUGGACCACCCGCCUUCACCAAUGGACACCUCGGAAUUGCACUUUGCGCACGAGCCGGCCGGGGGCAUAGCCCUGGACCUGGCCGAGGCCAACUUGGACAGCAUGGACUGGCUGGAGCUGCCGGGGGGGCCCGUCAUGAGCCUGGCUCCCCUCAGCACUGCCGCUCCCAGCCUCUUCUCCACAGACUUCCUUGAUGGACAUGAUCUGCAGCUGCACUGGGAUUCUUGCUUGUAACUCUGUGAGCAGAGACUGAAGGGAUCGGGCRCGGGA